AUGGCGCUACAAGACAGCGUUGCGGUGCUGUCGUCAUCGAAAAAGGCUCAAGCUUCGUCUACAGGCGCUGCUUCUUCGGAAUUUUGCUCCAAAAUUCUGACCUGCAGGCGCGAUGGCAUUAUCCUGGCCAAGGCCGGCCCCGGGGCCGAGCUCGCUGCGGCGGAGAUAGCGGCGAAGAUAACGGCGACGAACCCGAAUGCCGCGUCGAUGGUGGAUCGGAUACUGAGGCUUCUGGCCACGCACUCGGUGGUCGUAUGCUCCACGGCGGAGGAUGAAGGUGGGAAUGUGAAGAGACUCUAUAGCCUUACGCCGGUUUCUAAGUACUUCGUUGGUAAUGAAGAUGGUGUGUCGUUGGGCCCUGCUAUGGAGUUGAUUCAAGAUAAAGUGCUUCUUGAUAGCUGGAGACAGCUGAAGAAUGCAGUUAUUGAAGGAGGAGUUCCUUUCAAUAGGGCUCAUGGUGGAGCACAUGCCUUUGAAUACCCUUGCCUGGAUCCAAGAUUUAGCAAAGUUUUCAAUACUGCAAUGAUCAAUCACACCACCAUGGGCAUCAACAAGAUUGUUGAGUUCUACAAAGGCUUUGAAAAUCUCAAGCAAUUAGUUGAUGUUGGUGGAGGCCUAGGGGUCACCCUUCAAGUCAUCACUUCUAAAUACCGUUCAAUCAAAGGCAUCAACUUCGACUUACCUCGCGUCAUUCGUGAUGCCCCGACCUAUCCCGGUGUAGAACAUAUAGGAGGUGACAUGUUUGAGAGCGUUCCAAAGGGAGAUGCUAUUUUCAUGAAGUGGAUACUUCAUGAUUGGAGUGAUAAACAUUGCGUGAAGUUGUUGAAGRAUUGCCAUGUUGCGAUUCCAGAUGAGGGGAAGGUAAUUGUAGUGGAUGCAGUGGUUCCAAUGGUGAUUGAGACUACGAGUACGAUGAAAUUCGUUACGCAAGGCGAUGUGCUUAUGAUGACUCAAAGUCCAGGGGGAAAAGAGCGAACUCGAGAUGAAUUUAAAGCCCUCGCAACCAAAGCUAGGUUUAAACACAUCAACUUUGAAUGUUUUGUAUAUAAUCUAUGGGUUAUGGAGUUCAUCAAAUGAAACUAUCAUUUUUUUCCCUUUUCAAAAUAAAAAAUGAAAAGAAAAAAUACAUUUUUGGUCAUUGACGUUUGAGGUAGGUGUYUACUUCGUUCCUGAAGUUUCAAAAUAAACACUUAUGGGUCCUGAGAUUUGAGGUAGGUAUCUAAUUGGUCCUUGAAGUUUCAAAAUGAACACUUUUGGUCCUUAAGUAAGUGUCAACUUGGUCCUUUAAGUUUUAAAAUGAACAUUUUUUGUC